AUGUCUAGAAGUGCUUCACCAACCAAAAGUGAUAAAAAGCUUUCUAAAGUUCCCGUAAAAAGUUACCGCACUUAUCUUGACGAAGAUAUAGGGUACGUCUCACGCAAAGACCAUGAAUUUUUAUCAGUCGUUUCUUUAGGCUUAAAACAACGAGUUGAACAGAUGAUUAAAAAAGGCCAUCAUAAUUUGCUUGUAAAAGAUAAAUCAGGGAAUAACGCUGUACAUAUUGCUGCGAAAAAGAAUGAUAUGGACUUGUUAAGGAUGAUUUGCGAUACUGGAGUGCCUGCAAGCUUAAGAAAAAGAGGAAGCAAUAACGUUACACCUUUUAUGAUCGCAGCUAAACAUGGGUGUAAAGACUCCUUAAGCUAUUUACACACAGAAGCGAGGGUAGAUGUUCAUCAAAAAGACUCGCAAGGACAAAACGCGCUAUUUUAUGCAGUGAUUGGAGGAAGCAUGGAAUGUUUGAAAUAUUUAAUUGAAGUUGCAAAGCUGAAUUAUAAGAUUACGAAUAACGAAAAUGGAAACACACUGCUCCAUACAGCUUCACUAUAUGGGCAUAUACAUUUGGUAAGAUACUGCUGUGAAACUCUGCGUAUGGACCCACAUAGGUUUAACCUAAAAGGAAAAUCCCCUCUAUUUUUAGGUAUUGAGGCAAAUUCUUUGAUUAUUGUGACUUAUUUGCAUUCUGUAUGAGGGGUUAAUAUUUUUUUGCCGAAUGAUGAUGGGAUGUCACCACUUGCUUUUAGUGCGAGUGAUUCAAAAUUUUUUGGGAUUUUUUCAUACUUAGCAACAUUAGUUUCUCCAGAAAGCUUAGUUGAAGGGGAUCCUUUGCUUACUAAAUCACUUCAGCAUCCGCCGAUUACAGCGCAGCAUGCUGCAUUAUCAAAUAAUAAUCAACUUGCAAUUGAUUUUAUAUCAAAAAAGACGAUCAGAAAAAGAAGGGUCUACCUCUUAUGAAUGGCGGAAAAAAGUCCUCUGCUUCAGAAUAUAAAGUCCAAGCUGAUUGAAGGCGUUCUAAGCUAUAUAUAA